ACUUGUUGCUGCGGAAGCUGGCGAACCUGCGUUCAGUUGCGAAUCGUCGAGCGCAGAGAUCAGACGACAAUGGGAAAACUAGUGCUGUACGGCGUAGAGGCGAGUCCACCGGUGCGAGCCUGCAAGCUGACCUUGGACGCCCUGGGACUCCAGUAUGAGUACAAGCUGGUCAACCUGCUGGGCGGGGAGCACAGGAGCAAGGAGUAUACGCUUAAGAAUCCACAGCACACGGUACCCAUGCUGGAGGACGACGACGGCAAGUGCAUCUGGGAGAGCCAUGCCAUUUGCGCCUAUCUGGUGCGGCGGUAUGCCAAGGACGACACCCUGUAUCCGAAGGACUAUUUCAAGCGCGCUCUGGUGGAUCAGCGUCUGCACUUCGAGUCCGGUGUGCUCUUCCAAGGCUGCAUUCGGAACAUUGCCGCACCGUUGUUUUACAAGAACGAGACGGAGGUGCCGCGUCACAAAAUCGAUGCCAUCUACGAGGCCUACGACUUCCUGGAGGUGUUCAUUGGCAGCCAGGCGUAUUUGUGCGGGACGGGCAUAACCAUCGCCGACUUCAGUAUGGUCUCCUCGGUUACCAGCCUGGUCGGCUUGGCGCCCAUCGAUCCGAAGCGCUAUCCCAAGCUCACCGGCUGGCUGGACAGGAUGGCCAAGCUGCCAAAUUAUCAGUCGCUCAACGGAAACGGUGCCCAGAUGCUGAUUGACAUGUUCAGUUCAAAGAUCACCAAGAUUGUGUGACUUUGCUCCGUGUUGUUUAAAGGUUAGAAACGAGAUAGGCGGCUGCUGCUGCAGGUGCCGUUGCUGAUGAUUACAUAAAAAUAAAGCUUUUAUUUGACAUACACUUUA